GGACAGGUAAAGUUGCCCAGAGUGGAACACGUCAAUCUGAGCAGCACAUUAUUCAUCUCGGGGAAGCGAUGAAGCAAGUUGUGCGAGCCAGACAGUCCAGCAUCUACUUGUGUCAUGUAGGAGGAUCAACCAGCGAGCCACUGACUGUCGGAAGAAUGUCCAGCCGUCUGGCCUUCCAGACACAGCUGGCCUCCAUCAUGGAGGUCCUGGCUAAUGCAGCAGUGGCGGAAAUAUGUAAACUGGUGGACGACGACUAUGCGGUGGUGAGUUUACAAAUGUCGCAAUGUCAGAGAGAGAAUAAAGGCCUGAAGAGAAAGCUGCAUCUGCUGGAGCUGAAGAUGGCCCGGGGAAACGCCGAGAGAAGGCUCCGGGAGAGCGCCAUGAACAGCAGUCGAUCAAGGGUGCAGAUAAACACCAGCGACAGGCUCCGAGACUGCUCACCAUCCACCGGUGGUGUGUUCGACCGACGGAUGGAUGUGGCUCUGUGGUCUGCUAGAGCUGCUGCAUGGGAGGCAAGUAGCAGGCCGAUCCAUUCUGAACCGAUCCAGAGUAAGUCUCCAGACGUGGAGCCAGAGGCGAUGCUGGUGAAGGAGGAGAAGGUGGAGGCAAACGUGUCACGGGUUGAAGAAAUCGAGGAAGACGUGCCGCUUAUAGGAGAUGAUGGAGUGGUGGAGUGUGGACCUGCGGGACAGCAUGACACCCAGUCUUCUUCCAGACAGUCCCAGAUCCAGAGCAGCAGGACAAGGCAUCCCGGCAGCAGCAGAGGAGUGGAGGAGGAGGUGGAGCCAGAUGUGGUGCUGGUGAAGGUAGAGGACGUGGAGCCAGUGACAGGGACGGGCCUCAGCAUACAAGAGGGGCUGGUGGAGUCGAGCACCGAUGACUACAGAGCAAUUCUGCCAUUUGAUGAAAUCACACAAACCACCAAUCAGCUGUCUGAACUGCAGGAUUCUGGGCAGGGCUUCUCAGAGUCUGCAGCACCUCAGUUGACACCAGACCCCAGCAGUGUAGAUGCAGUCCAGCUGAGGGUACCAGACACCAAAUCACCCGCCAACCCCAAAACACAACAACAGCAGAGAUCCAGCAACAAAAACCCUCUCAGCUCUGAAUACUCUAUGUUUGAACUGGAGACAUUCUUUACCCGCUGGGCGCCUGAUAAUGAUUCUGUAUCAGCCUGCAGUGGCUCUUCAUGUCUUUUCACCACUGAUGACUCAGCAGAGUGUGACAAGGAUGGAGUUAUUAUUGUAGAGACUGAAACACAACAUCCACCUGUGCCACCACAAGGCUCAGUUUCCUUAGCGGUGAAGAUGAGUGGAGGGCAGAGUUUCUCGUCUGUUCAGAUCCAGCCGUCUGUGUCACAAGCCUCGUCAGCAGAGACUUCUGUGUCCCUACCUCUGAGGAUGAAGGCUCCAUUUUCCCAGCCACCAUGGAGCAGAAAAUCAGUCAUGAGAAGAAGUGCACAGUCUCAGCUGUUGCAGCGGCAUCGUGACAGCAACAGGAUCUCUCAGCAACAGCACAUCAUUCCCUCUGCACAGACCACACUGUCGCUCACCACAGCUGCUGUCAGUAACACUCACAGUGGUGAUAAUACAAAUAUAUCUUGUAUCAGCUCAACCAGUAGGACUAUGAGCUCCACAGUAACUCCAUCUAUCAGGGGAUCCACAGCAGCGUUGGCCAGCUUUGAGGUGGCCAUCGCUGCACAGCAUCGAGCCAGCCUUCUGGCUCACCACAAUAAAAGCCAGGCUGCCAGUAUUGUGCCCAUCGACUGCCGCAAGAAGAGCUACAUAUGUCGAGCCUGCGGCAAGGCUUUCUCCGGCCUAUCCAAUCUGGAGGCCCAUGAAAGAGUCCACACGGGGGAGAAGCCUUUCUGCUGUGACACCUGCGGGAAACGCUUCUCAGAAGCCGGGAACCUGAAGAAGCACCAGAGAGUUCACACUGGGGAGAAACCCUUCAGCUGUGGACAGUGUGGGAAUAGGUUCGCUUGGAUCUGCAACCUGAGGACACACCAGCAAUCUGCCACAGGCUGCGGACCACAGGCCAGGGGAGGGCUAUGACUGGGCUGAUCCCAAAGUAGACUUUAUUGUUGCUAUAUUACUAUUUAAGAGAAAUAGCAAUGUGCCUAUGUAUGUGUGAAUAAAACAAUCGUAGCAUUAACAAAGUGUGAAAUAGUUACCAUAUUUACUUAUUCUGUCUUUCAUACUUUCCAGAUGUUUUGUGUCUUUGAUAUAUGAUGAAACACUGUACGAAUAUUAGCUUUCUGUUCGGUUUGAAGUGCAGAUUGAUUUGAAAGUCAGCGCUACAAUACCACGCAACAAUUAGCUGACUUAUACAACAUAAAAAUCAGACAUGUUAACUGUUUUAUUUUCAAGUGUCUGCAAGUUGAUCUUUAAAGAAAGCACAAUAAAAAUUCAGUAGACUAUGACAUACUUUGGGAAGUUGUUGGAACUGAUAUCAUUUAUACUUGACUUAAAAUGGGCUUCAAUGUUGUGUGGUUUUCCUUUAACUUGUUCUCAAUAAUAGCCAUUGGCAGCUAUGUAUUUCCUCCUCCCUCUGUCCAGUCAGAAUCUCUAUCCUAUGAUAUUUCUCAACCUACAGAUUCAAUGACGCAUGCCAUUUCCCCUCUCAACAACUACCUAGAAGUCAUUAAUUAUUUCCAUCCCUUUUAAUCCCAUGUACUCAUCCCCAUUCCUGUUAUCUCAAGAAUAUCUGCUAGGGGAAAAGAAGUCCACUCUCCUUGCUCUGUUAACGCUUGUAAUCUUAGCCUUAUCCCCGGUCUGUACUAGAGCCCAUUGAGAGGGUACUGAAGCGUGAACUACUCAAUGUUAGGU